AGGGGCGUGUCUUGGGGAAAGUGACGUGUAGCAAUGGACCCAGUUCUGUACAUUGUUGCUGCGGUUCUACUGGUUGUUCUGAUUGUCUUCGCUACUAAGAUCAGGGGGCAGGCGGAGCAAGCUGAUCGGGAGCAUCACCAAAAUGUGGCGGCGGCGGUGGCCAGAGCUCGGCCUCAGGCGGUGGAACGGAGAGAGGGUAUGCCGAGACCCAGGAGGAACGUCAACCGGAUGAUGGCUCAGGCCAGAGCCCGGCACUUGGAGGAAGAGAGAGAAGUCAUCGAUCGGGAUGAUGAUGAUGAUGUCGAGGAGCUCCCAGAGGUCCAUGCUCCGGGUAAAAUUGGGGCUAAAAAGCAGAAAAAACUGGAAGAGAAACAAGCGAGAAAAACCCAGAGGGAGGCAGAAGAAGCCGAGCGAGAGGAGAGAAAGAAAACGGAAUUAAAGAGAGAGGAGGAAAGACGGAAAGACGAAGAGCGAGCCCGCAUGGAGGAGGAGAAAAGGGAGGAAGAAGAGAGGAAGGCUAAGGAGGAAGAGGAGAAGAGGGAGUAUGAAGAGUACCUGAAACUGAAGGAGAGCUUUGUGGUGGAGGAAGAAGGCGUUCAGGAGUCCAUGACGGAGGAAGAGUCCCGCAGCUUCCUCACGGAGUUCAUCAACCAUAUCAAGAACUCUAAGGUGGUAAUCCUGGAAGACUUGGGCGCUCACUUUGGCCUGAGAGCACAGGACGCAAUUAACAGAAUACAAGAUUUAUUAGCUGACGGAUCUAUAACAGGAGUUAUCGAUGACCGAGGGAAGUUCAUUUACAUCACGGUGGAGGAGAUGGCGGCCGUGGCUCAGUUUAUCAGACAGAGAGGACGAGUUUCCAUUUCGGAACUGGCCCAAGCAAGCAACAAGCUGAUAAACCUCAAUCCCGAUGCCAGCCCUGUUUCUAUUGAAGUUUCGUGAAUUUCUGUGGGCAAGUUCUUUUUCAAGAAAAUAGAAGUGACUCUAGAAAGCGCAUGUUGUAUAAAAUAACUUAAACAUGAUCUUUCAUUAAAAAAGUAUAAAAAAGUGAUCAUUUUUGUAAUAUGUUUUUUUUGUUUCAAAUUGGCCAUUAUUUUUUGUAUGUUUGCUAAUGCUAGCCCCCCAACGAUGCUCGGGGGGGGGCAAAUAAACUGCCCUAAAUUGCGAUUGACCUUCGCAGAUACUUGAAUACGGCCAAAAAAAAAAAAUGAAAUUGAUGGGAAUAUUAUUUUAGCUUGUUUGUUUUUUAACCUGUUCAUUAUAAUUAUUUUUUUGUUCUUUCCCCCCACACAUUAAGAAGCGUUUUUUUUUAAAGUUAAAGUAUGUAUUUACCGCAAAAAAAUCUUUGCUUUUAGGAAAAGGUAAAAUCAGGUCUGUGCUUGCUACAGAAUUAUAAUUCUUAUGUAUCCACUUCAAUGUAUGACUCAUAGACACUGCAGGUUUUUUGUACAUUUUUAGGGCUACAUAACAAGUGGCUACUGUAACGAAAUGUCAAAAACCUAGAAAUGUAUAAAAAUAUUCACAAAAUAAAAAAAAUCACGGUGCA